AAACAGCUGUUCGGGCACACUUUCUGAGCAAGAAGAAGCACCUGCAUUUCGGCCACUCAAAACCAGAGAAACGUUUAAUUUGUUUUGGUUUUAUAACUGAAAAUUAAGUUAAUUUGGGGCAAAACCUGCUUUACCAUGUACCUUUCGCGCCAGUUGAGAUUGCUGCCCAGGGCGAACAUCGCCCGCAGCUUGAGUUCCAGCGGAGCACAUUACACAACAGCGCCGGCAGAAGAUUCACGUUCCCCCAUUGAGAUUCCCAACCGGAUCGAGCGCUCGCCCACCGAUCUUCUCCAGGCUCUGGCCGGCACCGUGGGCAGGGACCACACCGCACCACAAUACAAAUACCAUGAUGACCCAUUCCUGAUACCCAUGUCCAAUGCGGCGAAGCGAACGUAUGCCAUGUCGAAGGAGUCCGGGCGCAAGGCGGCAAAGUGGAUCAAGGAGGAGCACCGCGAGCUGUUUAUGCACCAAGAAGCUCAGCCAGCCGUGGAGAAAUUUGCACCCAGCAUGGUCUACACCGAGGACUCCCACGUGGAAGAGAGCUCGCUUCGCCAACUGAUUGCCGAGGGUGAACUCAAGGAUGCUGUCCUGGUCUACAACCUGCUUGAACAGAAGGGAACUGCAAUCAGUCCCGAUCUAAAGCAAAGCCUUCUAGAGCUGGUGUGCUUCCACAACAACCAGGAACCGCUGCCAGAGGAGUAUAUCGAGGAGCGCUGGUUCAUGCAGAACAACCGACGCCGUGAGCGGAGUGGCAAGACCUGGAAGGAUGGGGAUCUGGCGGAGAAACUAUACUCGGAAAUCGAACCAAAGACGCCGCAAUCGUACGCCUCUCUCAUCCGAGGAAUGGCCAAAUAUUUGCAGUGCGAACGAGCUUAUGCCCUGCUCCAGGAGGCCGGCGAAAAGCGGAUCCAACUGGACACAAACACCUUCAAUUCCAUUAUCCAGAUAGUGAGCUUUCUCAAGGACACGGCCGAACAGCGUUGGCAGCUCUGUACGGAGCUGCUGCAGGAAAUGUCACAGCAGAAGCUAAGACCAAAUUUGGGCACUUUGAAUGCAGUCCUUCAGUGCAUCAGCACUUUUGGCAACUUUAAACUAGCACGCUCUGCUGCCCUCCAGGUGCUGCCGGAAUUCAAACAACUUGGUGUGAGUCCCAGCCUUGGCACCUACUAUUACCUGCUGAUCAUCUUUUGCCGGGAAAGGGGACCAGUGUCACACGUUAUUGUCGAUAUUCUUAAUGACAUCGCAGGCAAGGAAUUCAAGAUUGAGCAUCCCAAGGAUACGUACUUCUUUGCCACCGCCAUGGAUGUGUGCCGCAACCACUUGCACGACAAAGCGCUGGCCAAAAGGGUGGAUGAGCUGUUGCAUACCGGCAAGAACUACGACCUGAUAGGCGAUUCCUUCAAAGAGUCCAUCUACUAUCGCAAUUACUUGGCACUGCUUUGCCAAACCGAGUCGCUGGAUGAGUUCAUGCUGACCUACGACCUGCUGGUACCCAACAUUUACAUCCCCGAGCCGGGCAUCAUGGAGGAGAUCUUGAGAGCCAUUGAGAUCAAUGGCGGAGUGGAGUAUGUGCCGCGCAUCUGGUCGGACAUGGUGGUGUUCGAUCACACGCACCGUGAAAGCCUUCUACUGUAUGUACUCCGCAUUUUGGUGGAUAAUAAGCCGAGUGGAGAUUCCCCCGCCCAGCAACAACUACCGGAGCAGGGUGCCAAGGUGGCCCUAGAUAUGUACGAGAGGAUAGAAGAGGCUAUUAGGCGCCUCCGAAAGGUCUCAUUCACCGGUCAAAUGCUGGGCGAUAUCCUAACUCUGCUCGUUCGCGGUGGUAACUACGAAAAGGCUUGCGAAGUGUUCGCCCACAUCGACAAGAACCAGCACAGGAUUCCCGGAACGCCAGCCGAAAGUGCCCUGCAAGAGUUUGUGGAAGCCAGUGUUCUGGAGAAGUCACCCAGCCAGGCGCUGGUCGUCCUGCAGUAUGCCGUGGAGAACAAUAUGGAUUCCAGUGCAUUGGCCAAACGCAUCCAUGAGGGAUUUACGCUCAACGAAGUACACCUCUCCAAGCUUAAAUCGCUGGUAGGCGAAAGUUUCCUUGAAAAGUAGUAAA